GCGUUUUUUCUUGCUUCAUUUCACGUUAUGGCGACGUUCUCUCUUGAUGGCCGUGGGCUCAAACUCGAUACUCGAGCCGACAUGGCACAACACCUAAACAGUGUCGAUCCACUCAAAACCGAAGAAAUUCAUUUAGGUGGAAACACAAUUGGCGUAGACGCAGCCCUAGAAUUGGCUGAUUUCCUGAAGAAAGCCACAAAUCUCAAAAUUGCCGACUUUGCAGACAUCUUCACAGGUCGCCUCAUCACUGAAAUCCCUGCCGCCCUGACCGCUAUCUGCGAUUCCCUCAUCGACAAAUCCUCCCUUAUCGAAAUCGACCUAAGCGACAAUGCUUUCGGUGGUAGAUCCGUAGAUCCCAUGGUUCCUUUCCUCACACACAACCGAUCCUUCCAAAUCUUAAAACUCAACAACAACGGUUUAGGCCCCGCAGGCGGAACCGUUCUCGCAAACGCCCUCUUGAAAUCUGCCACAAUUUCCGCAGCUGAAGGUAAAAAAUCGAACUUACGAACUUUCAUAUGUGGGCGGAACAGAUUGGAAGACGGUUCUGCCAGUGCUUGGGCUGAGGCCUUUGCGGCUCAUCAGGGUCUUGUGGAAGUGAGAAUGCCUCAAAAUGGCAUUCGCAUGGAUGGAAUUACCGAAAUUGCGAAAGGGUUGUCAAAAAACCGUGAUCUAAAGUAUAUCGAUCUACAAGACAACACCUUCACUUUCGAAGGCGCGUUAACAGGCGUUCAAGCAUGGUCAGACGCGUUAGCUUCUUGGCCGGAGCUCGAAACGCUCAACCUCUCAGAUUGCGUAUUGUCAGGCGACGGAGAGGUACCGUCAUUAAUCGAGGCACUCGCAUCUGGGUCGAAUCGGAAGUUGAAGACGUUACAGUUGCAGAAUAAUAAUCUGGAGGCAGAGACGUUUGCCAGAAUUAACGAGAGUAUACAGGGGCCUUUGAAGAGCUUGACGGUGUUGGAGCUUCAGUGGAAUGAUGUUGAGGAGGAUGACGUCAAUUUGGCAGAUAUUGGUACACAUAUGAAGCGGAGGGGAGGGAAACUUCAUAUUAACGACGAGGAGGAGGAAGAGGAGGAAGAAGAGGAAGAAGCAGCCAUUGAUGCAGAGGCGAAACGGGACGCACACAUCGAGGAGGCCGUGCUCAAGAAGGAAUUCGGUGCAGUCAAAGACGAAGCAGACGACCUCGCAGAACUCAUGAAUAAAGUGACGAUCAAUUAA